UCAUCCAAGUGUAGUCUCUCUUUUUAAUUCGUAUAAUAUGGAUAUUCUGUUAAAAGUGAAAAUUUUCUGCAGCUUGGCUCUUGUACUUGUGCUGAUAUGUGCGAAGCCUGUUGUAUCUUCGAGGCACAGGCAAUAUCAAAGGGGUGAUCAUGGGAGGAAACUGAGUUCUGGGGAUGGUAAUGAGGAUCUUGUCACCAACUUGCCUGGUCAGCCUCGUGCAGAUUUCCGGCACUUUGCUGGCUAUGUCACAGUGAAUGAAACUAAUGGAAGAGCACUCUUUUACUGGUUUUACGAGGCCAUCAUCAAUCCUCAAGAAAAACCAUUGGUGCUUUGGCUUAAUGGAGGUCCUGGGUGCUCUUCAGUGGGAUAUGGAGCAACACAGGAGAUUGGCCCUUUUUUAGUGGACAUUAAUGGCCAGGGUCUUAGAUUUAAUAACUUCUCAUGGAACAAGGAAGCCAACGUUUUAUUCGUGGAAUCUCCUAUUGGGGUCGGCUUUUCCUAUUCAAACACAACCAGUGAUUAUGAACAUCUUGGAGAUGACUUCACAGCUAAUGAUGCUUACAAUUUUCUGCACAAGUGGUUUCUCAAGUUUCCAUCUCACAGAACUAGGACAUUUUACAUCGCAGGAGAGAGUUAUGCAGGAAAGUAUGUACCAGAACUUGCUGAGCUCAUCGUUGAUAGGAACAAGGACCCUUCGAUUCAUAUUGAUCUUAAGGGUAUCCUGCUGGGGAAUCCAGAAACAUCUGAUGCUGAGGACUGGACGGGUAUUGUGGAUUAUGCUUGGAGCCACGCAGUGGUAUCAGAUGAAACUUACAGAACAAUCAGAGAGAGCUGUGACUUCAAAAGCAGUGAUCCUUGGAAGAACCAAACUUGCUGUGAUGCUGUGGACGAAGUGUUCUCACAGUACGGCAAAAUUGAUAUCUAUAGCAUCUAUACCUCUGUCUGCUUCGCCAGCACCGCACGCUCAAAUGAUCAAUCCCUGCGAGGCCGACGCGUCAUGAAAUAUAAGCGUUCAUCCAAAAUGAUGCCAAGGAUCAUGGGUGGUUACGAUCCAUGUUUGGAUGAUUAUGCCACAGCUUUCUAUAACAGGCCAGAUGUUCAGAAGGCUCUUCAUGCCAGUGAUGGUCAUAGUCUCAAGAAUUGGAGUAUUUGCAACGACAAGAUGUUCAAGGACUGGAGAGAUUCAAAGCCAUCUAUGAUCCCGAUUUAUAAGAAACUUAUUUCGGCAGGACUGAGAAUCUGGAUUUACAGUGGAGACACAGAUGGUAGAGUGCCAGUACUCUCCACAAGAUACAGUUUAAGUACUCUGAAUUUGCGUAUCACCAAGCCAUGGAGACCAUGGUAUCACGAGAACGAGGUAAGUGGGUGGUUUCAAGAAUACGAGGGGCUUACUUUUGCAACGUUUCGAGGAGCUGGACAUGCAGUGCCUUGUUUCAAACCCAGCAAUUCACUCGCACUCUUCUCUGCCUUUCUGCUUGGACUACCACCUCCUACUAAAUAAUAACACAUCACUCGUCCAUAUAUAUAUAUAUAUAGAGAGAGAGAGAGAGAGAGUGAGAGAGUUUUUUGUAAUAACUUCAUAUAAUUAAGAAGAUUUUGGACCUUUAAUUAUAUACGGAGCACUAGGUUGCUAGUAGGAUGUAUUCUUGUGUAUCCUAUAUUUGCAUGUUCCCAAACAUCAACAUCUAAUUAAUUAAUCUCCUUUUUGUUUUU